AGACCAUUUAAUAUAAAGCAAGGAACGAGAGCCAGGUGGCUGCAUCAGCGUGGUACAUCUUAUCAAUUGGUGAAAAAGGGGCUUCGGAUCACCACUUAUAUAAUUAUAUUAUCUUUCCUUUCGAUCUGUAUAUAUAUAAACAUUCAUAUGUUCAUGGCACUGUUUGACAGCAAGAGAGAGAGAGAGAGAGAGAGAGAGAGAGCAGUGAGCCAUGGGAAGGCCUCCUUGCUGCGACAAAGUGGGUAUCAAGAAAGGCCCUUGGACUCCGGAAGAAGACAUCAUCUUAGUCUCUUAUAUCCAAGAACAUGGUCCAGGAAAUUGGAGAUCUGUCCCAACGAACACUGGAUUGUUAAGGUGCAGCAAAAGUUGCAGGCUUAGAUGGACUAAUUAUCUAAGACCAGGAAUCAAAAGAGGGAACUUCACUCCUCAUGAAGAAGGGAUGAUUAUCCAUUUGCAGGCUUUAUUGGGUAACAAAUGGGCAGCCAUAGCUUCCUACCUCCCACAAAGAACUGAUAAUGACAUAAAGAACUACUGGAACACCCAUCUGAAGAAAAAGCUUAAGAAAUUUCAAUCAGCUUUGGAGCCCCAAGGGGGAUCAGAUCACUCGAGCACUACUACUACUACUAAUCAUUUCUUCUCCAAAAGCAUUGUGGAGAGAAGAAGCAUAGACAUCAGCACUACUGCCCAUUCUCCAACAACUACUACCGCGUAUGCCUCAAGCACGGAAAACAUCUCAAAGCUCCUAGAAGGCUUCAUGAGGGCAUCCCCAAAGACCAGUAUGGCUAAUACUACUGCAACCCCUUUCAAGGGAAUUAAUCAUGAAGAUGAGAAACCCCAUGACUUAGCGACUCGCUUUGGGAAUACUUUUGCGGAGGCCGGGACAGGUACUGGUAAUUCUGCUGCCGGCCAGUGCUACCGACCCAAGGUUGAGCAAGAAAGCAUAAUCUCCCAGGAAGAAUUCGAAUCCAUAUUAUCUUUCGAGAAUUUUAAUGGGGUUUCCUGGGACAAGUCGUCAGGCGAUUCUGCGGUCCGAGAUUCCGCCAAGCAUGAUCAGAAAGGCGAUGAGAAGAAGGCAAACAAUCCUCCAUUGACAUUCCUGGAGAAAUGGCUUCUGGAGGAAACAAGUGGCCAAGUAGAUGAGAUUAUGGAGCUAUCGCCAAUGUUCUAAUAAAAUCAUAUAUCCAUGCAUCCUCUCUCUCCCCUUUUUCGUUUUGUUUUCUCUUGUUUUUUUUUUUUUUCGGUAAUUUAGUUUUACAUAAGGUACCAAUAAAGAAUGCAUGGAGAUCAUUUCAUCUCUAUCUCUAGUUCCAUAAGUUUACCAUACACAUGCUUUAGCUGGGGUUUCUAAAAAGUUGGAAGCUCUAUGCAUGCAUGCAAAUUGUAACCCUUAAUAUUGAUCUGAAUGGAUUAUAUCUAAAGAAUUGAUAUGCAA